CAACAAGGUCUCUACAUUUGAUCUACUUUUCUGAUUUGACAUGUCUGUUUUCAAAGUUUGUGUUCUGCUUGGCCUUAUUGCAAUGACGGCAGCCCAAUUCGGACUAAACUCGGGACUUGGGCUUGGAGUUGGACCGGCGAGAGCUAAUGCUAACCUAAACGGAGGUUUUCAACGUGGCUACGGCGGCAAUGGCUACGGUAACCGAGGUGGAUACGGUCAGCAGGGCGGCUAUUAUGGCCAGCAAGGAGGUUACGGUCAACAGGGUGGAUAUGGUGGCAAUCAGGGCUACUAUGGGCAACAAGGAGGCGGUUAUGGAGGUGGCCGCGGUGCCUAUGGAAAUGUUGGACUUGGGGUAAAUCCAGGAGUCGGUGGAGUUGUCGGAAGUUUUUUGGGAUAAUUUUUAUAUGGAUUUUUAAAAAUUUUUGAAUUUUUUACAACGUUUUUUUGACAAGUUUGCUUUAUGUAAAUAAAUACCUAAUAAAUUAAUUAUCGAUU